GCGUGUGAUGAUUCCGUGACUUGCGCAGGAGGGCGGGGAGCCUCGAGAGGGAAUGAAGGAGCAGAAAACGAGCAUCCUCAAAUAACACCGCUUAAAAACGAGACUGAAAGAUUAUUCGCCUGUGAGGAAGUGAAUGACAUUGGCACAUCAGAUAUGUAUUCUGAGGAGUGGAGCAGGAAUCGGCAGGGUAGAGAGAAGUCUGUGAUCACCAAUUUUAGCUUUAGUCAGCUGCCAGAUGAGGAGAAGACGGGAAGGAUCAAACCUCACGGUGCUCAUGACUCAGAGGAAUCCAUUCCUGAUGAUCGCUACCAUGGCAUCUACUUUGCCAUGCUGUUGGCUGGUGUUGGCUUUCUACUGCCAUACAAUAGUUUCAUCACCGAUGUGGACUACCUCCACCGCAAAUUCACAGGCACCUCUAUUGUGUUCGACAUGAGUUUGACGUACAUUCUGGUGGCUCUCAGUGCUGUCAUUGUAAACAACGCACUCGUGGAGAGACUGAGCUUAAACACUCGCAUCUGUGUGGGAUAUCUGUUUGCAUUGGGACCUUUGGUGUUUGUGAGUGUAUUUGACGUCUGGUUGGAGCUGUUUGACACUCAGCAGUCCUAUGCUCUUACUCUGGCUGCAGUUGCCAUUGUUGCAUUUGGAUGCACAGUGCAGCAGUCUAGUUUCUAUGGUUACACUGGGAUGCUGCCCAAGAGGUACACACAGGGCGUGAUGACUGGAGAGAGCACUGCAGGAGUUAUUGUCUCCCUGAGUCGGAUUUUUACAAAGCUGCUUGUGGAAGAUGAGAAGAACAACACCAUCAUCUUCUUCCUGUUCUCUGUCUCAAUAGAGACGCUUUGUUUUCUGUUACACGUGGUGGUGCGACGGACACACUUUGUCCGUUAUCACACCGACAGAGCUCGCCACAGCUGGCUCAAAGGACAGAUUAAUAAUGUUACAACAAAAAAGCACAGCGGCUAUCAGAUACAUUACGACAGCAGCGCAGAGGAAGAGGAUGGAGUGGCGUCAAGCACAGUUGACGAUGCUGAUGCAGUUAAUCUGGGUAACGGUUCCCAUGGAGACGGCAUAUACGUCAGAUUUGAUGUGCCAAAACCAGAGACCAAAAGGAGCUGGAUGAGCGUGAAGGAGCUGCUGGGUCAGAGGUGUGCUGUUGCCAGGGCGAUCUGGCCUUAUAUGCUCUCAAUUUUGGUGACAUAUUUCAUCACACUUUGUCUGUUCCCUGGUUUGGAGUCAGAGUUACGCAACGAUACACUGGGAGAAUGGCUGCCUAUUCUCACCAUGGCUCUGUUCAACAUGGCAGACUUUGUGGGCAAG